UCGGGAUUGAAUCGCGAGCACGGCGAGAAGAAGCUAGCAGCGGCUAACGGCUAACACUUUCGUAGAAGUCUUUACGCAUCACCACGCACGCACACACACGUGCACCCACACGCACGGGCAGCUCGGCAGGGGCUCGUUUUCACGCACAUAGUGGGUUCCCGGCGGCAGUUCUUUGUCUCUAGGGAGGGGGUGGGGGGUGUUAGCUACUUCCUGCAUGCUAGCUGCAGCAGCUAGCUGUUUACCAGGUCAAGCGGAAUUAUUCAUGAGGGCGCGCAGUGAUUGGUGGAGACAGCGAGAGGGGCGGGGCCAGAGAAUGUUUGUUUGACAACAAGUAGAAGAUGAUCAGGAUGUCAUUGGAUAAGGAGACGGUCCUCCCUCGCGAAGUCAGCCCCUCCUUCCCUGCCGCCGUCAACCUAUCGGAGCAACCGCAGACUGCCAAGACCCGCCCCCUGCAUGCUAAGAACAGCCAGACCCCCGUGGCCUCUGCCCCCUCCGCUCAGCGAAUCGCUAAGAGGCGCUACUCCGUAGGCGUGGGCUUCAGGGGGCUGGCCAAGCGGCGGCGCCGCGCCGUCAGCGACAGCCAAUCGGAGCCCGUUCUGCCGAGCCACUUCCUGUUGGGCGGGAACAUCUUCGACCCGCUCAAUCUCAACUCUCUAUUGGACGAAGACGUCAACAGGGCGACCAAUCAGGAGACCCCAAAGUGCUCACCCCUGCCAUCGAGGGGCGGAGACCCUGUAGAGAUCCUGGUGCCUCGGGACAUCACCGAUCCCCUGAACCUGAAGGGAAGGGGACAGGGGGGGGCUGGGGUCCUGCUGUCCCCCCUGAAGUCCAAGAGGAAACACAGGAACCGACACCAUGGAGGAGGAGGAGGAGGAGGAGGAGGAGGAGGAGGAGGAGGAGGAGGAGGAGGAGGAGGAGGAGGAGGAGGAGGAGGAGGAGGGAGGGGGGUGCUACCUGCUCGAUUGUUUCCCUCCACAGCCGCAUUGACAGUUCCUCUGUUGACCAGAGGGGGCAGCGUUUCAGCGUCUCCUCUGCCCUGUGAACUCAACACGGCCAUCACCUGCCGGGACGAUGUAGCUCCGCCCCCCAUCCUCCCCAGGAGACACACCCACCCUCUGCCGGGACACGCCCAGAAGCCUGGUAACCAGGGAGACGGCCGCAGAUGCCGACGGCGCCGCACGGCCUCGACGAGGUCGGCUGACAACACCGAUACCGUGGCAACCAUAGCUCAGCCAACCAGAUUCCAGACACCCCUGGUGGGAGGGGCUAAAGCCGGCAGGUGUGCAGGACUACAGCCCGGCUCUGCUAAUCCACCAGAGAAUAAGAAAGACAAGCGCCGCUACCAGUACGGCAACCACAGCUGUUACUACGGCUACCACGGUUUCUACGGCGACGGGGGGGAGGGGCGUGUCGGGGCCGGGGAGGACCCGCGGCUCCGCCUCCUACAAUCCGAUUGGUUCAGAGACAAGAACGUGCUGGACGUGGGCUGCGGCACCGGUCACCUGACGCUUGCUGUUGCCCGGAGGUUCAACCCCACCCACAUCCUAGGGGUGGAGCUAGACCGUCGAUUGGUCCACACUGCCAAGCAGAACAUCAGGCACUUCCUGUCACAUGACCUCGUAGUAGAGGAGAGGAGGAGGAGGAGGAAGAAGGAAGAAGGGCAGGAGGAGGUCCAGCUCCUCCCCCUUCCCCUGUCCUUCAGGGUGAGUCGAGGUCCUCUCUCUGCUCCUCCUCUCCUCCUAUCUUCAUCCUCCUCCUCCUCCAGGUUCCCCAGCAACAUCACCUUCAUCCAGGGGGACUACGUGUCGGGGCGAGAGUCGUGGGCUGGGCAGGGCCAGUAUGACGUCAUCAUGUGUCUGGGCGUGACCAAAUGGGUGCAGCUGCAGUCAGGCGACGGGGGCGUGGCCACUCUGUUCAGACGGGCCUAUCAGAGCCUGUCGUCAGGCGGAUUAUUCAUGCUUGAGCCACAACCAUGGAGCAGCUACAGCCACAAGAGGGCCUCGGAUGCGACGGAUCGUAACUUCAGGAGUUUGAGACUGAGACCAGAACAUUUCACCUGCUACCUGACUGACAGCGUGGGCUUCACCUCCUACAGACUCAUCACACACACAGGUAAUCAGCGGCCAAUCUACCUGUUCCACAAAGGCCCCGCCCAGAGGAAGUGAUGUCACCAGGACAGGAUGUGACACAUCUCGCCAGUUUCCAUGGCGACCACACUGGACCUUGAUAGACAGGAGAGGAGGAAGCUGAUUGGACGCUGUAUCUUUGACUCGUGAGCUCGUAGCUGAUUGGUUGAACGGUCGAGCCAGUUUGAUGACAUCACAGACGGUAACAAGCUGGAGUCUGAUUGGACAGCGAGGGUUUCUGUUCCUCAUCAAGCCAGAGCAAAGGAUUGUGGGACACUGUCCUCCCGCUGGGCGACCUUUGACUGGGCGCUGACAGGAAGUGACACGAGGUUGUUCUUGCAGAACAUUUGCCGAACAUUUGGUUGUUCUUGCAGAACAUUUGGUUGUUCUUGCAGAACAUUUGGUUGUUUUACAGUUUGAUGCUUUUGUUGAGAUUAAAGCUGCAGGUAGUUCUUACAGCUGAAGAACGUCAACCAA